AUGUCGGCACCAAAAGACGACAUCAUUGUCACCCGGGUGGACCAGGACGUCCACGGGAAACCCAUAAACGAGGCAACAGAGACCACAUCGCUGUUGAGCGCAGGCGCUCGCGACGGCGAAAGCUCCUGCGAAGAUACAUGGCCGGGUUAUGCGGAUUUCGAACACUUGCCGUGGUGGAAGACUCCCUCUGUCUUCUGGCUUCUGAUCCCGUAUGCUCUCUUCACGCUGGCCUUUGGAGGCUCUCUGGUGCCCAAGCUGAACCUAAUCGUCGAUCUGGUAUGCCAAAGGCAUUUUGCCGAUGAGACGGCGCUGGACCCGGCCUUCGUUUUCACACCCGUGAUACUCGGCGCGGAUAACCCGCAAUGCCUCAUCCCCGAGGUUAAGAAGCGUGUGUCCAUGUUCACUCUGGCCAUCAACCUGUUGACCGGCAUCCUGUCCGCAAUCACCGCUCCGAAGUUGGGCCAGCUCUCGGACCGUUAUGGCCGUCGGAAACUCCUGGCUCUGGCGUCCUGCGGCGGCGUCGUGGCCGAGCUCAUCGUCAUCAUGUGUGCCAACUUCCCCUGGACGUUCCACUACAACUGGCUGCUUCUCGGCGCCGUAGCCGACGGCCUCACUGGAUCCUUCACGGCUGGUAGCGUUCUCAUCAACUCGUACACCAGCGACUGUACCGCGCCGUCUCAGCGUGGUGUGCGCAUCGGAUAUCUUCACGCCUGCCUCUUCAGCGGCCUUGCCUUUGGCCCCCUUCUGACUGGUUACUUUGCCGCCUGGACCGGCAACUUACUCUCCGUUUUCUACGUCACCAUGGGAUGCCACAUCUACUUCAUCAUCUUUGUCGGAUUCAUCGUUCCCGAGUCCCUCAGCGUGAAGCGUCAGCUCCGCGCCCGCCAAAAGCACAAGCAAGAAAAGGAGGCCAAGGCUGGUGCCGGAACCUGGUCCACGGUCAAGGCGGCCAACCCUCUGGCUCCCCUCAAGACGCUGUGGCCCACGGGACCCGGCACCUCCUCGAGGCUGCGUCUCAACAUCGCCGCGCUCUCGUUUACCGACAUGAUCCUCCUGGGCUCCGCUAUGAGCGCCGGCACCGUCAUCCUUCUCUACUCCGAGUCCCCUGAGACAUGGGGCUGGGGCACCCUAGAGAGCUCCCGCUACAUCUCCGCCGUUUCCAUGGUCCGCGUCGUCGCGCUGCUCGUCGUCCUACCCCUCGUCAACUACGUUUUCCGCGUGCGGCCCGCAGCCUACCGUAGGAGGGUCUCGGGUGUUUCCAUCGUCGAGGCGAACAACGGCGCCGACAGCGUCGACUGCUGGAUUCUCCGCUUCGCCCUGCUCUCGGACGUCACAGGCUCCCUGGGUUACCUGUUUGCGAGAAAUGAGGCCGUCUUCGUGCUCUCUGGCAUGGUCACUGCUUUUGGCGGUCUCGGCAGUGCGACCAUCCAAGCCGCCAUCACCAAGCAUGUGCCCGCGGAUCAGGUCGGUCAGCUGCUCGGCGCCAUUGGCGUCCUCCAUGCUCUCUCGAGGGUGUUGGGUCCGAUCGCCUUCAACACCCUUUACUACUCCACUGUCGGCGUUUUUGACCAGGCCAUCUUCGUCCUCCUUGCAUCUCUGUUUGGUUUGGCUUUGUUGGCCAGCUUUAUUGUGCGGCCCGGUGUGUUCCUCGAGGAGACUUACGAGCCCGUCCCUUCAUCGGCGCCCCAGCCGAGCUCAAACGCCAACUCAGAGGCCCUGGAAGUAUUGACGGAGGAUGAGCUGAUACCCAAUAACUAA